GAAAUACGGGUGUGAAUUUGUUGUUCUACUGAACAAUAUUUUUCUUCCUAUGGAACAUAUUUCUGUAAAGAAUUAGUCUCAAUGAUACCAUGAAAAAAGAAUUGCUCUGAAACUCCGCAAAAAAAAACUUAAACCGAAAUUGUGAAAAGUCAUGCAAGAAUAGCGUUCUAGUGAUGUUGUAAAAUUGAAAAGAAGAGAAACAAGGUACUCGUCGUUCGUGUUGUAUAUAAAAUCAAUAAACACAAAAUUUUGCUAUUUGUAGUUCGAUAAUUUUAUUUACUAAACGUAAACCAGAUGAAAAAUUCAGUGCCUGGAAGUAGUUGAAAUUUGUUAAGUGAAAAUACAUGCUAAGAGAGUUUGUUCUCCAUCAUACUUUUCCAUAUAAUAUAGCUAAUAAAUCAAUAUCGGAAUAGUAGUGCUGUUAAAACGAAUAAAACCAAUUCGAUAUUCUCAGUUCCAAGUUGCAUAUAUACUAAGCGAUAUAAACGAUAAAUCUAAAAAAUAAAAUUGUUCGAUGCGAUAAAAGUUUAUGUGAAAAAGAAGAAAAACCAUGAGAGAACUACCGAGGACUACAUUAAAAAUGGUGCAAAAAAAUCUGAUCCCCGAUGGGAAUCGGAAAAAACCUCCCAUUUCGAAUGUGAGUCCACCGAAAGACAUUGCAACCAGAACGGCACGCGAGUCCGUUACAAGUGAUUUGAGUUCGUCGCGGCCGAACAGCACAGCCUCGGAGGGUGGCUGCUCGUCGGACGAUGAAAAUAAUGAUGGGACAACCGAAUGCAGUGAGUCCGGCCAUGAAUCCAGUUCGGAUGAUUUUGGUGGCGAAAAUCGAACCGCUCUGGAUCCGAUAUCCGAAGAGGCGUCGCUGGCUAAGCGAUCUGAAGAUGAUGAUGAAUCAACCUGUUGUGACGAAGACUUUACUUGGGUCCGUUCCGAUCCUCCCAUCGAAUCGAGAUCGUUACCAACUGAUCACGUUAUCAAUUCACCAAUAACAAAUAACUCCGCCAAACCUCCAAGACCGGCCGGAAGUCUAGACCGGCGGCGAACAUCGCAUACAAAUCGGCAAGAACGCGACAAUAAAAGUCGUAGCGCACAUUCCCUCAAGGAAAGGUCCGUGUCCAGUGAAUUCAAGGACGCGUCCAACGAAAAAGGUCAUCAUCAUGAUUCCAACCAUCAUCACCACAGCAGAGCAUCGCCCGGUUUCUGGGAACCACCACCGCCGCCACAGAUUCCAUAUUCGCAUUAUGAUGCUCCACACUAUUACAACAAUUAUCACGGAGCUAGUCGCGAAGAGUUACGUAUGAUUGAGUAUCACCGACGACAGCAGCACGAUAUGUAUCGCUAUGGAAGUAACUUAACGUUGAGUGCUUCGCAAGAAAUCUACAACACUGGUGGCUGUUGUAAUGCAAGAUAUCAUGCUUUACCGCCACCGCCGUGCUGUUGUGAUCAUCGUUCAUUCCCAUGGAAUGGAAAUCAGCGUCAGGACACCGACGAACGGUUGCGACGGCUGCAGACGGAUAAAGAAUCCAUGGCUUUACAGGUCCAGGUACUUACAGAACAAGUUUCAGCUCAAAGCGAUAAGAUUGCCGACUUGGAACGCAUUAUCUUGGACAAGACACAACAAUUGAGUCAAAGCGAGGACUUACUGCAAAGAGAAAUGCUCUCUCGUUCGUCUUUGGAAACGCAAAAAUUGGAACUAAUGUCUGCGAUGAGCGAACUAAAGUUGCUACAUGCGUCACUGGAACGCGAAAAUCUAGAGCUACGUGCAAGCAAUCUGAACAACAAUUCAAUUCCACCCCGACGACCGCCUGUACCAGGCCGAAUCAGUGGCACAACAUCACUAAACUCGACGCCAAUCCACGGUAGCCACAACAGUUUACAGAAUUCAACGCCAAUUCCAUUGACACCCAAGACACCACCUGCCUCGUAUCGUCGGCAAGUCGACUUACAUUACAGCAGUCUACCGCGUCAGGCAUAUCCCAGUUCGGUUACCGUUCCGACAAAUUCAACGAGCGGUUCGACUCCAACCGUUUCCGGCAAUCAAGUGGUGGACAGCAAUGCGAAUCCGAAACAGCGAGUUGCUUUUGGUAAUCAUUUCAAUCUUUCAUCAUCAGCAUCAAAUGUGUACCACCACCAACUGGUCCUUUACCAGCAUCCAAAAACACAACUGUUGAAGGGUUUGCAAAACCAAAGAGGCUUUUCGGUGCCCAAUUUAGCCGAAUCGGAAAAAAUAAUUGAAGACACCAUGGACCAUCACCAACGUAGCUUUACACCUCAACCAUCGCCUUCGCCAUCAAUGAGCCAGAAGAAUCGUGGACUGCGCAGUAUUUUCGGUAAAAUAAAACGCAGCAACAGCGGCAACCUAGAAGAUCUACCCGGUGACGGUGAAUUCCGUCGUGGUGGAAUUCGUGCCACAGCUGGUGCUCGAUUGGGUUGGAACAAUAGCCUACCGAAACCGGACAAACCAUUUGCGGAAUGGGAUAUCGAUGCGGUGUGCGGUUGGCUGGAUGAAAUGGGAUUGGGUUGCUACGAAGAUGAGGCCAGGAAAUGGCUAAAGAAAGGAGCUAAAGACUUGGUCAGUGCAUCGCCGGUGGAUAUUGAGAAAGAGCUGAACGUGAAGACGCCAUUGCACCGGAAAAAGAUUAAUUUGGCCGUAAUAGACAUCACUGGCGCUGACAAUGACGAACUGUUUGUUAAUGCCGGAAAGUUGGAUCCGAUUUGGAUUAUGCGAUGGUUGGAUGAUGUUGGUCUUCCUCAACAUAAAGAUGUAUUCUCAACAGCUCGGGUCGAUGGCCGAAUGUUACACCGUCUGACAAUGGACGAUUUGGUAAAUCUGCAUGUGACAUCUUCCCUGCAUGCAGCGAGUCUUCGUCGUGGCAUUCAAGUUAUGCGCGAAAAUAAUUGGAAUCCGGAAUGUUUGAUCAGACGAUCCGGUACGGACGAUGAUCAAGCGAAACAGGUUCAAUUGUGGACCGCACAUCGUGUAAUGGAAUGGCUUCGAUUGGUCGAUUUGGCGGAAUAUGCACCGAAUUUACGUGGUGCCGGCGUUCAUGGUGCACUAAUGAUGUACGAACCACGGUUCACGUCGGAAUUGCUGGCGGAUUUGCUAAGCAUUCCACCGAGCAAAACAUUGUUGCGCCGUCACUUGGGCACACAUUUCAAGGAAUUGUUGGGACGAGAUGUAAUUCAGUUGAAACGGGAAGCGGAGACGACGUUAGGCUUUCAGCCACUAACUCUUGUUGCCAAAAUUAAGACGCCGAAGAAAUCGCAAUUUUCGUUGAAGCGUAAGAAGAGUACAAAAGGUGGCGACGAAUGGAGUGAUUUCGUUUGUCCAAUGGGACCGUCAGGUGAAAAAACUCUUCAAACCACUUCUAACACUAACAUGACGAAUCAAACAGUUCUGGAAGCCGUGGCCGCGUCCGAGGUUGCCUCUCAGCCGAAUAGCAGCGACUCGCCAACAUCUUCACGCAGUUCAACCUCCUAGCAGAGGCUGAGCUCGUGCACACCAUCGCCGAAAAAGAAUCCCCUCAAACCGUACAUCCCUCCACCCAUCCAGAUCAUUUCCCAUAAUCCAGCCACCUCAUUAACGGCUCCACGAACACCACCAAUUGUGCCCGUACAACGUUCAGCUUCAUUUAACGCCACCUGCACCGUUCCGAUUAAAAUCACCGCUUCGCCAAAAGUACGGAAUUCGGCAUCGUUCAGCAACUGCUCAAUCAUUUCGAAAGUCGUCAAGAACACGGUCAUCACCAAUUCACUGUCGUCGGAUAAAGGUCGGAUGUGGAACUUUGGCGGAUCGUCGAAAAUUGUUGAAUCGUACGGUAGUGGCGUUACCACUAUCCAUGAACCACCAUUAUCCAUGCCUCAGAAGGGUGAAAACAAGUGCAUUGACUAUUUCGUUUGAACAAAAUGUUUAAGAAAUCUUUUAUUGUGAACGGGUGGGUUAGAUUAGUGCAAAUUUAUUGUGUGUUGUUGCUUCUGUAAGUUUUUUCAUUUUUACUUUUUCUUAAGUUCCUUUUAUUUGAAUUCAAAAUAAGCUUUUCGUUCUCAAUUUUUUCGUGACCAUAACAUACCGUACCUUCACCACUACUUUUGUAAAUGGAGAUCAAACUAAACUACUUACCAGUAAGCUACAAAAUAAAACAUUGACAAACCAAAAGCAUUUGUUCGUUUGUUAUUCUGGGGACGGAAAAGAGCACUUUUCGUCCCACAUUUGUCAAAGAUUUACGCUUUCGUAACAAAACGUUUCGCACAUAAAUAUUCAUAGACCGAAAGAAUCUAAAGAUUCUCGAAGGUCUGUUUCGAUUUUUGUCUUUUACGAAUGAAAUGUUUGCAGCCCACUAGCGACGAAGAAGAGCAACUCUGUCUAAAUUUAGCUGGUCCAUUCAUACAAUCACACUGUUUAAUCACUACCACACGUGUACGUGUGAUUAUUAAGCCUGUGUAAAGGUGUAUAAGCGAAGCAUAAGCGAGGUAAUGCAAAUUUCCGGCGGAUCACAAAAAAUACGGAAUCCAAGUUUCGGGUGAAUUUAAGUGCAGCCCGAGACCAGUUAAAUUCAACUGACUAAAAAGUGCUCUUCUUAAACAAUCUAUUGAAAUAGUAAGUGCUGCAUUCAAAUUUACCCGAAACUUGGGUUCUGUAGUUUAUACAGAGUGUUGAAUCAACACUGUUGAUGGAGAGCGAUCAAUUAAAUUGAACUGGCAACGAGGACAAUGUCAAAAAUUUAUUAAUUUGAGUAAAUAUAAAAUUCAAACUUCGAAUUUAACGAAGUACAAUUUUGGUUGUGUUUCGUAUCUCAUUUUUGCAUUGCCCUCGAGGUCAGUUAGGUUUAACUGAGCCGAAAUCUUUAUGUGUUAAUACUGUAUAAUUUACGUGCGAGCAGUCUUUCUGUAUGGAUGGAUUAGCUAUUAAAAAAUGUGAAGCCAAAUUAGACAUAAAUUUGGUUGACCGUAACUGUAUUUUAACCAAAGACAAUAAGCAAAUAGUUUCAGUUUCCGUGACAGUUUAUUUUAUUGAAUGUCCUUGAAAAAACUCAAAAAAAACUUUGUCUCUAAACAAAUAAAUUCAAAAUUUAGAACAGAACACACACAUAGAUCAAUGUGAUUCUAUACAGCAAAAUGUGUGAUAAAACUAAUGAAGUAAAAGAUUCUCUGUUGAAAAUACUUAGACUGAAAGAAGCAAAUAUGGAUAAUUGACUCAACGUCUGUAAACCGUUAUUCGAAUGAACUGCCACGCCUUUUUUUUCGGGUUUAUCAAGUAACAAUUUUUUUAAAUCAAUUUUUCUACACAAUUUUUCUAACUGUCCAGUGACUGACCAAUAUAAUAAUAAAAAAAUGUUUCUGUAAAAUCUAUCACCUCACUACAAAUAUACAAUCAGUAUAAAGAAAAUAUGAAGAAUUUACUAAAUAAAUAAGUGAACAACCUUUUAGAAACGGCAGACCAUCUGUUUUCGUCGACGACAACACUAAAUUUGUGAUAAAUUUAUCAAUUUGUGACACUACUCGAUAAUUUGAACAAAUGAGUUAACAGAUGUGCGUAUUAAAUUGCCGUUUUUGAAAGGUUAACCUUUAUAAUCAAUGAAUUUAUCGUACAUUUAUCAAUAAUAUUUAACCAGAAAUAGGGAAAAGAAACAAAAUCUAAAUUUAUUUGUUAUGAUUGGGUAGUUUAGGGUUAUAAAAAAACAACCUUUGUGAAACGGCUAAUCUGUUAUCGACAUCAAUCGACUGCCGGUUAACGUGGUCCGAAAUACCGAAAUUUAUGUUCAAACGAAUAAAGUAAAAGAUUUUGUAUCAAACUCUAGGCGUGAUACUUUGAACAAAAGAAGAAAUAGAUUCAAUGAUUAUGUAAUGGCAAUACGUUUGCCCCGUUUCUAAAAGGUAAAAAAAGUUAAAAAAUUAAAUGAGAAAUGUUAUCAAAUUAAAAUGAAGUUAUUCAGACUAUUUAUAUUGAAUAGAAACUAAGUUAUUUUAUUGUUACUAUAAAAAAAGUUGAACGGGGGUAUUAACCAAAAUAAUGAUUCAAAAAGUAUUGCAAAAAAAA